UGGUUCUCAUGAUACAAGGAAAUGUUGAGAAUUUAAGAGAUGGAUUUACUCCAGCCAUCGAGGUAUCCGCUUCAGAUAUCCCGUUGGCGUUCUACUCAGGUCUCUUCGCUUAUUCUGGAUGGCAAUUCCUUCCAAGCUUCACAGAGGAAAUUAUUAAUCCAGCAAGGAAUAUCCCAAUUGGAAUUGUCGUCUCUAUGACCAUUAUCACGGGUGUCUACAUCAUGGCCAAUUUAGCCUACUUUGUUGUCCUGACACCGGCUGAGCUCCUUGCGUCAGAAGCUGUCGCUUUGACCUUUGCUGAACGUGUUCUUGGACCUUGGUCUGUGAUCAUCUCGAUAGCUGUCGCCAUGUCCUGCAUCGGAUCGUUAAACGGUGCUCUGUUCUCAUUCGCAAGAAUAUUGAUGGUGUCGUCAAGAGAGGGGGUAAUGCCACAAGUUCUUGGCAUGAUACACAUAGAUUACAAGUCACCACUUCCAGCGGCAGUUGUUUCGUUCCCUAUUGUGAUUGCUAUGCUCAUGAGUCCCGAUAUCAACACACUCAUCAACUAUUUGAGUUUCACUCGCUGGCUGUUCAUCUCAAUCGCAGUGGCGUCGAUUCCUUACUUCAGAUGGAAGUACCCUGAUAUGCCAAGGCCAUUUAAGGUUCCCAUCAUCCUACCAAUCAUCUUCAUUAUAUGCGCGUUGUUCGUGGUAGGCGUCUCCAUUUACUCCUCACCAGUAGAUGUGGGCAUCGGGGCUGCUAUAACAGUUGCCGGGGUACCAGUUUACUUCUUCUUCGUCUGGUGGGAGAAUAAGCCCGUGUGGUUUACCAAUGCAAUGGAUUCCCUCACGUGUUUUCUGCAGAGGUUCUUGUACAUUGCUCCAGGAGCGAAAAAGACGGAUUGAGACUCAGAUAAUUAUCCCCAAGCUCUCUGCAGAGGGAGCGCAAUAAAUGUGUUUUUUUUUUUUUGUUAUGUGGCACAGAAUUAUCGCCAUAUUUUACAGCGGCUU